GGGAAAACACAGGUUGAGGGAGAGGCAGAGAUGGAAGGACGAGGUCAAGCAAAUGGCCCUGGCAACAACGCAAGAGAAGGCAACAGAAGGACGAAGUUCCCGGCUAGCUACCUGACAGGCAUCAUGGCACGCGCCCUGUCGCAGCACCCGGGAGCCAGGAUCAGCGGAGGUGCAAGCGACGCCGUGGACCGGUGCGUCGAGGAGUUCAUCGCCGUGGUCACCUCCGCGGCUGCGGACUGGUGCCGGGAGCAGAACAAGACGACCCUGGACAGCGACGACCUCAUCAACGCCAUGGAAGAUCUUGGCUUCUACCAGUAUGUGGGGCCCCUGGAAGAUUACCUCCGCCAGUACCGCGAGUUUCAGGGCCGUCAGCCUGCACCACCGACACCGGCAGCCCUUGUGACGACGGUGGAGAUGCCACCUCCACAGGUGCCGUCUGGAGCUGCAGCCGCAAGUACCUCUCGGAUGCCACCUGCUUCUGCUGCUGCCCCUGCCCAUGCCCGUGACGAUGUGGAUGAGUGAACGAACCCCUGUUGAUCCAUGGGAAUUUCUGUGAUGAAGUCGUUAUUGUAAACCUUGCAUGUCUGUUGCAUGGUGUGAUCAUGAGAAUAAAAUGUUUUUUUUACCGAUCUUGAGGUU